CAUGAAUCCCCUCGGUUUCGGGGAUCGGCGGCGGAGGAGAUCUGGCUUAAGAUCCGCCCGUGAGGUCCAGAUCCGUCCCUGAGGAGCCACCGUGGGGAUCCGGCCGUGUGGAUCCGGUCUCUCCUCUCCCGGGCCCUCCAUGGAGGCGGCGGCGCGGAGGCGGCAGCAGCCGGGCGCGGCGGGCGCGCAGCCGGGCGCUUCCUUCCUUCAGGGCCGGCACAGCUCCAUCAAGGCAGAUGAGGCCGACCACACAGCUCCUUUCCACCUCGACCUCUGGUUCUACUUCACCCUGCAGAACUGGGUUCUGGACUUUGGUCGCCCCAUUGCUAUGCUGGUGUUCCCACUCCAGUGGUUUCCUCUCAACAAGCCCAGCGUUGGCGACUACUUCCAUAUGGCCUACAACGUCAUCACCCCCUUCCUCUUGCUGAAGCUCAUCGAGCGGUCCCCUCGCACCCUGCCACGCUCCGUGAUCUAUGUCAGCAUCAUCAUCUUCAUCAUGGGUGCCAGCAUCCACCUGGUGGGUGACUCUGUCAACCACCGCCUGCUCUUCAGCGGCUACCAGCACCACCUGUCAGUCCGUGAGAACCCCAUCAUCAAGAACCUCAAGCCGGAGACACUGAUUGACUCCUUUGAGCUGCUGUACUACUAUGAUGAGUACUUGGGCCACUCCAUGUGGUACAUCCCCUUCUUCCUCAUCCUCGUCAUGUACUUCAGCGGCUGUUUCACCGCCUCCAAGGCCCAGAGUGUCAUGCCCAGGCCUGCCCUGCUGCUGGUAGCACCCAGUGGCCUGUACUACUGGUACCUGGUCACCGAGGGUCAGAUCUUCAUCCUCUUCAUCUUCACCUUCUUUGCCAUGCUGGCACUCGUACUACACCAGAAGCGCAGACGGCUCUUCCUGGACAGCAAUGGCCUCUUCCUCUUCUACUCCUUUGCCCUCACCCUCUUGCUGGUGACAUUCUGGGUCGCCUGGCUAUGGAAUGACCCAGUACUCAGGAAGAAGUACCCAGGUGUCAUCUAUGUCCCUGAGCCCUGGGCCUUCUACACUCUCCAUGUCAGCAGUGAGCUCUGAGUCCCCUGCACCGGCCCAUGGUGCUCUGUGUGGUGGCCAUGGUGGGCAUCAUAGGUUGGGCAUCUGCAUGUGAACCAGGGACCAAAGACAUCGCAGCUAUGUGUCACGCAGGGGCUGGUUUGUGUGCAUGGAGUACGUUGCCAAAAGACUCGACUACUUUGGUCCAGCUCAUUUGGGGAUGGAAUUCCAUUCUAGGAAGUGCAUUGAGACCAAGAUCUGGGCCCUUCCUGGCACCUGCUCUUGACUAUGCUUGGGCCCCUGACCCCACUCCCACCACCUGGGCUGCCUGGCCCGCCUAGGAUGUCUUCCAGUGGCCAUGCAGAGGAGCCUGGGGAGACAGAAGCCUGUCUGGACAUGUGGUUACCAGGCACGCUGCCUUUCUCUGCGUGGCUGAACAAAGCAUCUCUCUCUGGGCCUCAGUGGUGCCAGACAGGCCAGCGUCCCAGAGUGGCCCAGUGAGUGGCUCUGUCACUGCCUUUUCCAGACCAGAAGGAGUAUGUGCACCCCAGAGCCUUGCCCAACCCCACCCUAGGGAACCAGAGGUCCGGCUUCCCGCCGGCCACAGCAGCUUGAGCUCCAAGACUGACCCUACUGCCCUGGCCUGGCUCGGCUCCCUCUACCCUGGAGGGAUUGUGGCAGCAUCUUCCUGUUGGCUUGCUGUGAGGUUUUGAGCUGGCCCUGAAGGCAGAAACCCUUGUUCUCUUCUGGGAAGCCCAUUGUAGGAGUUGGGCCCCCCAAGGCUCUAGCCAGUCAGCUUCGUCUCCACCUGGAUAUGUUCCCUUCUGCCAGUGGCCCUGCCCCCAGAACAGGCCUGGUUCCCAGCACAGGGCCCCUGCCUGGGCCUCCGCAGACCACCAGCUGCCUCCUUCUGGGCCUCUAUCCAGGUCCCCUCCCAGCUCAAGCCACUGCGCACAGCCUCAUUAUCCAGCCGGACAGGUCUUGGGAGCCUGCCCUGCCUUACCCCAGCCCUGCCCCCCUCCUGUGCUCUCAGGGAGCCCCAGGCUCAGAUUUUCCUCUCCUCUUGGGGUCCUUCUGCAGCCCCUUAGGAGCCCUCCAGGCCCUGGUUGGUCCCCAUCUCCUGGCACCUCGGGAGGUCUGGUGUGAAUAAAAGUGGGUAUGGCACCCA